AUGUGUGCUCAGGCUUUAGUGGUUCAUCUUACAACAACACAGAACUGUGUAUCAGCACUAUUUUAUCAACAUACAUUGUGGUGUGUCCUUAUUUUCUGUGAGUUUGAGAACAGUUCUGUGUUGUUUAUUUUAGAUCACGGUGAUCCUGAUUUGACCAUUGCAGUGUUUGGAAGCUCUGAUGCUGUCGAGUUUGGAUGUGACAACAUUCUACUUGGAGAUAAACAAAAUGCAGAACUUCCCAUGAUCAUUCAAGAGAAGAAAAUAUCAGAACAUCGUGUCUCUGUGAUCAACAUGAUUGGCUCACAUGAGACUGAUUUCAAACCACUCAGUCAUGUUAUUGGUCAACUAAUGAAUGAAAAUGAAAUCCAUGCCUUCAUCUUUGUUGUGCGACUGAGUCAGUUAACAGAUGCUGAUAAAAUAGGUAUUGAAUGGCUACAGAGAAUAUUUGGUGAUCGAGUUCUUCCAUUUGUGAUUACUGUCUUCACCUAUGAGAGAGAGGAAGAGCGUGAUACUAUAAUAGAUGACCUAAAGAACAACUCUGUUCUGGAACAGCUGCUGAAGAAAUGUGAUGGAAGAUAUCAUACCUGCAGCAAGAUCAUGAACAUCCAAUCAGAGAUGAGAAAAUUGAUGGACAGAAUCAAGCAUCUGUUCACUGACAAUAAUCAGCAGUGCUACACCAGAGAGAUGUACAGCUCUUCAAGAGACCUGCAAAACAGUGCAGAAACAGUAAGGAUCUGUGACACUAAUGCACAGACUUUGGGGAUCCUGGUCCAAACUGAUAAGCGAGACAAACAAAAGCUAGGUGCAGAGCAACUCAUUGAUAGGCUCCAUCUUGAAAGCAAACUGAGAACUAUAGAUUUUCUUAAGCCAAUUGUACAAUCACAGUCCCAAGAGUCUUGUACAGAAGAAGAGCUGGCUUCAGUUUUUCUACAGAAAUUGAUGAUGAUGGACUACAGAGCAAGGUACCUUCAGAUUAUAGAGAAUAAUGAACAUCAUCACUCACGACAAAGGAACAAUGACUCAUCUGAAGAUGAUGGCGAUGCCUUUGAUAAUAUUUUUGGAGAAACUGCUAAACCCUCUGAUGAAACAGAAGCAGUCCACUUAAUGGAUGUUCAGAUGGCUGUGUUUCAUUGUGCGGAUAGUUUCCUAAAGCAGCUUAUGGUGACUAAACUCUCACAGUGUCAGUAUGCUCUGCCUCUGCUUGUACCCAAUCCAUUCACACAAAAGAUUGAGUUCCCACUCUGGACAUUUCGACAAAUCAAUAAGAGCUGGAAGACAACUGACAAUACAGGUAAAAUCUGUAGCAAAUUCCAACCGAUCUACAAGGCAGAAACCCCAAUGGUGGCUUUCUUCAGGUUUGGUCCUGCAUCUUUAUCCAAGUCUCAACUAAUGAACAGCCUGAUCAAUGGGAAACACAACACAUUCUUCCACAGGAACUGCCCAGGCAGCAGCAGAACCAGAGUGAUGAUGGAUGGAGUGGUGGAGAUCGCCUGGUACUGUCCAUCUGGAGAGAAGACAGACAGAUUUACUCAUUGUCUUGCGUUCUGUAACCUCCAUGGUGAUGCAGGAGACCAUGAAACGCAGCUGGAUAUCCUGACUAAAAUGGCGUCUGUAAAUGUUGCUAUUUUACCACAACUUGACAAGAAUGACAAAAGCAUGACCAGGAUCCAAAACUUCUACAAGGGCUCAAAGCCACUCAUCUGCCUUCUUAGUGACAAUGAUUCAGCUCUCACAGAAAUGCGGGAAGGGAAAUACAAAAUUGGUUUGAAAGGCAGAAAUCAGUCAGUUGUAUUUGAAGAAAUCCGAAUAGCUAUUAAUAAUGUGCUUUUAUCUACUGAAUCAUAUUCCUUCUUUAAGCUUGAAGAUGUGCCCAAACACAACGAUAUCAGAGUGGAUGAGGUCGAGGAUGAUGACUGCAGGAAAGGAAAAGAGGCAGCACAGCAGAUGAUACAUUUAUUGGAGGAUAAAGAUCUGACUGAAAUCAAAGAAUCAUUCCUGCAAUGUCAGGGAAAACUGUGGCAUCAGUGGUGCCAGAAGAAUAAGGAACUUUAUCGACCAACAUUAGGAGAACUACAUAAAGGAAGCAACAUUGAAAAGAACAAAAGUUCUAAAAAAUCAGAAAUGCAGAAAAUCCGUGAGCUGCAGCAAACAUCUGACCCAAGUCAGUUUGUCCAAAUCUUCAUCCAAAAACUGAAUUCACAAGCAGAAAAAGAGGUGGUAUAUUUUCUGAAAUGGCUGAGCAUCUUGCUAGACAAUUACACCACUGAAAAUCUUUCAGCCCUUCUUCAUGAGUAUGAUGAAAAAUGGUCAACCGUCCUAAAUCUUAAAAAGAAACAUGAUAAAUCACAGCAAAUGAGAGUAGCACAAAAUGAACUUGAGAGAGUAUCUGAGAAACUACAAGCUGCAACCUUUGGCUUGGAGCACAUACUGAGAGAGAUCGCUCAGAUAUUUGAAUCAUGUUCAUCUGUAACGAAAAAUAAAAAAGACCUCAAGUUUAACUUCUCCUCUCUUCCAAGUCUUGCAGCAGAGAUGAUGAUCUCUGGAUUUCCACUUGAGCUGAUGGAUGGAGAUGCUGCCCAUGUUCCUCUAAUCUGGGUUACUGCUGUUCUUGAUGCACUCAUCCAGAAACUGGGAAACAAGAGAGUCUAUGUGUUGUCAGUUUUAGGGAUUCAGAGCUCUGGGAAAUCCACUAUGCUGAACGCCAUGUUUGGACUGCAGUUUGCCGUCAGUGCUGGCAGGUGCACCAGAGGAGCUUUCAUGCAGCUGGUCAGAGUGUCGGAGGAAAUGAAAUCACAGCUGAAGUUUGACUACAUUCUGGUUGUUGAUACUGAAGGACUUCGUGCCCUAGAACUGGCUGGGAGGUCAACAAGAAAUCAUGACAAUGAAAUGGCCACAUUUGUUGUUGGUCUUGGAAAUAUGACAUUGAUCAACAUCUUUGGAGAAAAUACAGCUGAGAUGCAGGACAUUCUUCAGAUUGUUGUUCAGGCCUUCAUGAGGAUGAAGAAGGUCAGACUGAAUCCAAGCUGCAUGUUUGUGCAUCAGAACGUUUCAGAUAUUACUGCCGGAGAGAAAAACAUGGAGGGAAGGAGACGACUGCAGGAGAAACUGGAUGAGAUGACAAAACUCGCUGCUAAAGAGGAAGACUAUGACACAGAGUUUUUCAGUGACAUCAUUGCAUUUGAUGUGCAGAAUGAUGUGAAGUAUUUUUCACAGCUGUGGGAAGGCAGCCCACCAAUGGCACCACCAAACCCAGACUACAGCAGAAAUAUUCAGGAGCUGAAGGAAACAAUUCUCUCUAAAGCUUCCAAAUCUGAUGGCAUUACACUGUCUCAGUUCAAAAUGCGUAUUAAUGAUCUGUGGAAUGCAUUGCUGAAUGAAAACUUUGUGUUCAGCUUCAAAAACACACUUGAGAUUGCAGUGUACAGAAAACUGGAAUCUAAAUACAGCGACUGGACGUGGAGCCUCAGAAGUGCCAUGAUCAGCACUGAAAACAAAUUUUUCAACAGGAUUGCCAACGGAAACAUUACAGUUCAAGAAAAUGACUUGCUGGAUAACAUGAAGAAUACAAAAGAGCAGGUAGAAAAAUCAAUAAUGUCUUAUUUCGAAGAGGACAAAGACAAAGAAAUUCUGUGUCAGUGGCGAGGAAUAUUUCAAACCAGAAUCAAAGAUCUUCAUGAUGACCUUGUAAAGGGAACAAAAAGAAAGUUAGAUGAAGCAAUUGAACAGAAAAAAGCAAGGGAGAAGGUGGAUAAAAAAAGGACAGAGUAUGAAAAGAAGCUUUUCAGUCGGAGCAAGGAACUAGCUUUGAGCCUGAGAAAUAAAGGAACAGAUGACCACAUGCUGAAGAAGGAGUUUGAGACAAUGUGGAGUAAAUGGGUCACUGAAAUGACAAAAGAUACACCUCCACUGCAAGACUUGAACUUCUGGGCAGAUGUGACACGGAUCUUAUCUGAAAAUCAUGAAGUGACUCUUGUAAAUGAGCACUUAAAUAAAGAUAACUAUAAAGUGAUAAAAAGCAGGCCUAAUUAUUGUGACUACAUAAAAGCAAAGAAGCAUCUGGAGCGUUUUGAUUACUCUGCAUCUGUAGAGGAAGCUGCUGAGAGCAGUAAGAAUAGCAAGAGUGGGAUGUUCAGUUGGUUCAGUCAAAGAUUUAUGUCAGGCAUAGAAUAUAUUAGAGGGACUCCAAAGCCACGAGAGAACAUCAUUCUAAAUGCUGAAUUUAUUGACUCAGUAAAGGACUUGACUAAUAAAAUUAUUUACGAUACUGAAAUGAUAAUAAAGAAAUCACCAGUUGGAACACAAGGCUACAAUGAUAGUUUUGUUCAGGAAAUAACGGACUGUGUUAAAAAAGCAGUACAGAAACAUCAAUCUGUAAGCCAAAAAUACACACUGAAAAGGGAGUUUACCAUAGAUCUUAGUCUUCAUGUGUGUGAGAUUGCAAGACAGACUUUUACUGAACUCCACAAAGAAUUCAGAGAAGCAAAUGACCCGAGACUUUAUCUUGAUAAGCAGAAAACUCAAUAUUGGAACAUCUUCAAGGAAUACUACAAAGGAGCAACAACAACAACCGUUCUGAGUGAAUUCAUUUGCAGCAAACUUGAACCGUCUAUCCUACAAGCUGUUUACAAUGAAACUGCUAUUGGUUUGGCAGCACAGAUGAGGUCUGACAUACAAGCAUUACGUGAGAACAGACCAAAUCUGGAGAAACACAUUCUGAGAUCCCUUGCAGAAAAGGAGGAUUUUGAUCAGUACAUGAAAUACAUUAAUAAUCCCAGAGAACACUUCAAACAGUUCAUAAAGAAUGAAGUGGACAGAUACUGCACCAAACAAAACAAACAGAUCCUAAACAUUUUCAAAGGUAAUAUGAAACAGAAAGGGCAGGUUGUAAGUAAUGCAGUGAAAGCGGCUACAGUGGAGGUCAAGAGUCAGAAUGGGGAUGGUAGCAUGUGGUACAGAUGCUUCACCAAAACCCUGAGAGAUGAGCUGCAACUCACAGGAAACUCUUGUGUGGAUCUUAGUGAAAUUAAAGACAUGGAUUUUCUUGAUAAUCUUUUGAGUGACAGUCUAGAAGAGAGGAUGACAAACCUACAGAAUGAUUUUAAAAAAUUUUAUGACAUAAAAAUGGAAAAGUGCAGGAAAAGACCAGAUGAGAUUUUGAUUGAGCACUUCUGUCAGUGCUGUUGGGUUCAGUGUCCUUUCUGUAAAGCCAUCUGCACCAAUACAAUGGAGGGCCAUCCUGGAGAUCACAGUGUUCCUUUCCACCGCAAUAUUGGUCUGAAUGGUUGGUUUUACAGAGGAACAACAAACCUGUCUAUUAACAUCUGCACAACAGCAGUAGGGAGUGAUAAAUACUUUUACCCAAAUUCCUCAGAUAAUACAGUACCCUGGAAAGAAUACAGAAAAGGAGGUCCUAAAUAUAAUAACUGGAGCAUCACACCUGACAACUCUGAGCUGCCGUACUGGAAGUGGUUUGUGUGCAGAUUCCAGAAAGAUCUAGAAACGUACCACAGUAAGACAUUCCAAGGAUAUGGUGAGAUUCCAGAUGAAUGGAGACAAUACACAAAACAGGAUGCUCUGAAGAGUUUGGAUAAAUACAUGUAAUGGGAAAGUAAAGAAAUGGCACUCUGUCAGAUCCCUGAUUAAAGAUGAUAUUUGUGCAUCCUGCUGUUUUUUUUCUGACAAAGUUUACAUGAAUACUGUUAUAUUUUGUUAUAAACACCGCAGAGCUUUUCAUUCAGAUGCACUGUAGAUGCGUUGGUCAGUACUAUGUAAAGUAUAGAGAGACAAACAUGACUGGUAAAGCCAGUGGGAAAAUGGACAUAAAUGGGCUUAUAAACAUAAAUUGAGAACAGGUGUUUUUUAUUUUUUUUGUGAGUUAGAUUUUUUGACUUAUUAGAUUUUCUGAUCCAUGCUAGGAAACUGGUGAAUGUGUUGAUGCAAUGUAAUCCUCUGGAUUGUGUACAGUCUUAAUUGUAUUUACUUUUGUUGUUGUUUUACUUCAUACUGGACAUAAUUUUGCAGACAGUAAUGUUGUUAGUAUCUUAUAUCUACUCUGGAUGAAAACCAAGUGUCAACAGGUAAAAAAGAAGCCAACCACAUUGUUUUGCUUGCCAGAGAUGAAAAUGCACCAUGAUUUCCUAAUUGUUAACCACUUUAAUCUUUACAAAGCUCUUACAGUACCUGCAUAGUAAAAUAUUUGUUCUCAUGGUUAUAACAAACAUA